CAAUAAUUAUCUGGUAACAAAAGUAACGUUUAGCUUCACGGCAAUAGAAAAAAAAGAAAAAGAAAAGCUUUGAGGUCCAAAUUGAAUCUCCCCAAACCCUAACCAUGACCUGAUCCGAAAUCCCCAAAAUCUCUCAUCUUCAUCCUCCACCGUCCGAUCAAAGCUCCAUCAUAGAAUAAAAGCAAAAGAAAUCACCAGAAAAACCUGAACUGCUUGACGAUGCCGUCCCACGGGGAUCUGGAUCGUCAGAUCGAGCACUUAAUGCAGUGCAAGCCGCUAUCGGAAACGGAGGUGAAGACUCUGUGCGAGCAGGCGCGUGCGAUCCUUGUGGAGGAGUGGAAUGUUCAGCCGGUGAAGUGUCCGGUCACCGUCUGCGGCGAUAUCCACGGCCAAUUUCACGAUCUCGUCGAACUGUUUCGCAUCGGUGGCCACGCUCCCGACACUAAUUAUCUCUUUAUGGGCGAUUACGUAGAUCGAGGAUAUUACUCUGUGGAGACUGUCACUCUUUUAGUUGCACUGAAAGUUCGUUAUAGAGAUAGAAUAACUAUUUUAAGAGGAAAUCAUGAGAGCCGGCAGAUAACUCAAGUGUAUGGCUUUUAUGAUGAAUGCUUGAGAAAAUAUGGAAAUGCUAAUGUCUGGAAGUAUUUCACUGACCUCUUUGAUUAUUUACCUCUCACUGCCCUGAUUGAAAGUCAGAUUUUCUGCUUGCAUGGUGGACUAUCCCCAUCUUUGGAUACAUUAGAUAACAUCCGUGCUCUGGACCGCAUACAGGAGGUCCCUCAUGAGGGUCCAAUGUGUGAUCUCUUAUGGUCUGAUCCUGAUGACCGAUGUGGAUGGGGAAUAUCUCCUCGGGGGGCUGGGUAUACCUUCGGACAGGAUAUUUCUGGGCAGUUCAACCACACAAAUGGGCUCACUCUGAUUUCUAGAGCUCACCAGCUUGUUAUGGAAGGAUAUAAUUGGUCCCAGGACAAGAAUGUGGUAACAGUGUUCAGUGCACCAAAUUACUGCUACCGUUGUGGGAAUAUGGCUGCAAUACUUGAGAUUGGGGAGAAUAUGGAGCAAAGUUUUCUUCAGUUUGACCCAGCUCCACGUCAGAUCGAACCAGAGACCACGCAUGUGUUUUACAACAAUCAGAGAGUUCUGGCAUCUAGUUGAGGGAAGGACAAAAGAAACCAUUGCUGUUUUUUCUUCUUUUUUUUUAUCAUUCUUUUGGUUGUUCUGCUGCUGCUGCAUUCAUAUGAGUCUCUAUAGGUUUCAUUUGUAGAAUAAGUUUUUUUUUUCCUUUAAUUUUUUUUCUGUGUUUCGAGUUUAAAUCAUCUGGGGUGAUUAAAGUGCAUGUUCCAUUUUGUAAAAUGUUGAUUAUAUGUGAGAGAUGUUUCUUUGUGGUA